UCCAAGGCGUUUCUAUGGAGACCGGGAGUCGACCAAGGCCUAAGCACCACGGCGUCGUUUUGCAGGCCGUGGGAAGCAAUGUCUGGGGCCCGGUAAAGAGCGGGGGUGGGGGUGUUGAUGCGGUGGGAUUCACCCACGAUUGUUCCCGCCUUUGCUGGUACGCUCGGCUGCUUGGUGUUGAAUGGGAGCGAUUUCCAUCAGGAAGGAAGGAGAAUAUUCCUGCAGGAAUAUUCGCUCGGCCAAACUUGCUUCCCCCACCAAGUUCUUAGCUUUGAUUCAGUCAGCUUCCCAGUUUGUGAUUGGAAGGGUCGGUUCCAAAUUAUAGGGGUCCCUUAGCAAUUUUCCUUGAGGACGAGGACAUUCUUCUGACCCUUUAGUCGCUAAUGGGCUCCGGCUCCGGCUUUUCAGCGCUCAGGGAGGAGAGAAACUGCCAAUGUAGCCGCCGCCGCCCGUGUGGUACCUAGUCAAUCAUGAAGAAGGCAGACAAUCUCGCAAAGAUAUUCCGGCUUAGUCAACUGAGGAGAAGCAGACACCGGCGUGAGGGAAGUUUGGCAGCAGCGCUGGCCCAAAGCAUGGCCCUGGCGAUCAUCGGCACGGCGGGUGCCUACCCCAGCUGGGUGCUGGUACAAAACGCAGAGACACAGAUUGUGUUGGGGGCGGCUUGGGCAAUAAUCCAAAAUGACCCAGCUCCCGGCACGCCACUGCUGGGCCCGACGGGGGGCCAGCUCAUGCUGGCCAUCGCGUUCUGCUGUCUCUUCAGCGUGCCGGCUGGCUCGCUGGCUUUGACGCUGGAUUUCUUCGGACGGCGGCGGUACCGAUCACUGACCCCGCUGAUGCACGGCCUCACCGCUGUGCUGAUCGCCUGUACCGCGGCGCUUGGCUCUUGCCUCUUAGCACUGGUCCGUGGACGGAUCCGGGCGGAUCCGGAACUGAGCGACUUAUCUACAAGCCCCGGGCAGAGCCUUUUCCUGGCCUUCCUGGCCUGCACCUUGGCGUCCACCGCUACCGGCUUUAGCUGUGUGUCCCCGGCCCGAGUAGAGCCAGCGCGCUCCUCCUGGGAUUUAGGGAGACCUGGCGCACCACGAUACUUCCACAGCUCCGUUUCGUCCGAAGGCUCCUCGGUGGGUUCCGACCUAUUGCACAGCAAAUUUCUCUCCUCUCUGCACUUGGACACCAGCUCAACGGUGGGUGGGCACUCCGGAAAAACGCAAUGGUAUAACUACAUGACCCAGAACCAGUUUCCACCCAUCUUUCUGGAGGAGCUGAAGUCUGACACCGAGAGCUCGCUGGAGGAUCAUUCCUUAUUGCGAAGGCAGCAGCAGCAACAAUCAGAGAACAGGCACAGUUUAGGGGAGCAGCAGCAGAACUCUCAACAGGAAACGCCCUUUUCAGGGGCACGAGAUUCCCCACUGGAGGUACACACGGAGUCAGAAGUGUGGAGUUCAGACAGCCUAUUUUUGGGGCAAAGCACCUCAACAGUCUGAAACCAUAACCACCACACUACAUACAGCCACAAAGGGAGAAUGAAGGACAGGGGAAAACCCUAAAAGUCAACAAACCCAACUACCAAACUGUCCAUGUCUUGGUUUACUGACAGUUCUUAUUGUAUUCUUCUUGUUCACCGCCCAGAGAGCUAAUGCUAGUGGGGCGGUAUAAAAAUUUAACAAAAUAAAUAAAUAAUAAAU